GCUGCUGGGGCUGCUGCCGGGGCUGCUGCGCGCUGUGCCGCCGCGUCCGCGUCCGCCCGGGACCGCUCGUCGCCCGCCAGCUGCUGUGCCAGCCGGGGCGCCGGGGGCGACCUCAGACUCUUGCUCUGUUGUCUGGGCUGGAAUGCAGUGGCGUCAUCAUAGCUCACUACAGCCUCGAGUUCCUGGACUCUAGCAAUCCUCCUGCCUCAGCCUCCAGAGUGGCUCUCUUUUCAUGGUGACUGCCUGGAGCCCCAAGUCAAACUCGAAGUUCAUUUAUGGUUCACAAGAGCAGUGAUUCCCGGGCUGUCUCAGCAACGUACCCUGUCUUCUGACACACUUAGCUCGGAAGGGGAAUUUUCCUUUUUACAAGAAGAAAAUUUUGGUGGAGAGUUAUCCAACCACAAAAGGCCUUCUGGCUAUUAAGAUAGACAAGAAGAAGGGAGGCAAAUUCCAGCCUUUCAAGAAGUUGUUUGGCAAAAGGAAAGAGAAAGACACGUCGCUGCCCCGGGAGGAGUCAGGGGGGAAGAAGAGUUCCUGUCCCCUGAGGGUCAGCAAUGGGACCUGCUCUUCGGAUGAGGAGAUGCUGGAGGAGGAUCUAAGGUCCUUCAACUAUUCUAUGGGAACCCGGGCGUUUUCUCAUGACAGUAUUUUUAUCCCUGAUGGGGGAGCAGAAAGUGAGCAGACAGUUCAAGCAAUGUCACAGGACAGCAUCCUGGGCAAAGUCAAAACUCUUCAGCAACAGUUGGGCAAGAAUAUCAAGUUCAGGCAGCGGCUACCCAGCAUCAUUCCCAUGAAGAAGGCAGGCAGUGCAGAGGCUAACUUAGAAGAGGAUCUGUUUCCCACCAGUCCUAUGGAGAUUGUGACUCAGCAAGACAUUGUCCUCUCAGAGGCUGAGAACAAAUCCAGUGAUAUGCCAAGUUCCCUGAGUCCUCUGAAUCUGCCUGGAGCUGCAAGUGAGAUGGAAGAGAAGGUCGCUCCAGUUAAACCGUCUCGGCCAAAAAGGCACUUCUCUUCUGCUGGCACCAUCGAAAGUGUCAACCUAGAUGCCAUCCCCCUGGCCAUCGCUCGCCUGGACAACAGUGCUGCCAAGCACAAACUGUCCGUUAAGCCAAAAAACCAGAGGGUGUCAAAGAAGCACAGGCGGCUUGCCCAGGACCGACGGAAUGAGCAAGCUGACCUGGAGAGUCAGCUCUCCCUGGACCAGAACGGACUCCUGGGAGACGACAAGCAAACCGGGUAUGAGGAGGAACCAGAGUCCCUGGAUUCUGAAGAAGAGAAAAGACGCCAGGAAGACUAUUGGCGGGAACUGGAGGCCAAGUGCAGGCGGCAAAAGGCAGAAGCCGCCCAGAAGAGACGCCUGGAAGAGGAGAGGCUGCAGGCGCUGGAGAGGAAGCUCUGGGAGGAGAACAGGAGGCAGGAGCUCUUGGAGGAGGAGGGCGAGGAAGAGGAGGGCGAGGGGGAGACGCUGCAGUUAGAAGAGGAGGAGGGGCCGCGGGAAGAGCAGGGGCGGAGCCUGGAAGCGCAAGGUUGGCCGGAGCCCGAGAGGAGGGCGCUGCAGGAGCGCGAGCGCCUGGAGGCCGAGGCCCAGCGAUUCGAGGACAGGCCAAGGCAGCGGGAAGAGGAGGAGGAAAGAAAACGCGCAGAGGAGCUCGGAAGGCAGGAGGCGGUGGCGGCGAGGCUCGGGGAAGAGCUGAACAAGCUGGAGGAGAUGGAGGCGCGGAGGCGGCCGGAGGAGGAGGUGCCCAGGGAGGCGGCGCGGAGCCCUGAGGAGGGCGGACGGGUCGAGCUGGACGACACAAGGGGCCCGCCGAGCCCUCUUCAGAUUGACCUCGAAGAGAAGCCAGAGGAACAAGAGAACCCAGAUCCCCAAAGGCAAAGAGAAAGCGCCGAAGAGCCAAGUAUUUGCGAGGAGCAGAACCCAGAGACCGAUCCCGCAGGAGAGACGCAGGGAAAGAGGGAGGAUUUUCCCGGGGACCGGUGCCUUGUGCUUGAGGAGGAGAGAGAAGAAGCGAAAAAAGAACCUCCCCAGAAAGGCGAGGCCUUGGCAGAAGAAUCGCAGCUGGCGCCAGUGGAGAAAAAAGAACCUGCAGGUGCCGAAAAAGAGCGGCUGCUGGAGGAACAGAGGUGGCAGGAAGUGGACGAGAGGCAGACCAUGCCCAGGCCCUACACGUUCCAGGUGUCCUCGGGAGGGAAACAGAUUCUCUUCCCCAAAGUCAACCUCAGCCCCGUGACGCCUGCGAAGGACGCGGGACUGGCCCCUGGUCCCCAGGAGCCCAAGGCUGCCAAGUCCGGCCCAACCUCCCACGCCCUGCCCUCGGCCCUGAGCAUCCCCCACACGGCCAUCCUGGUCACCGGAGCGCAGCUCUGCGGCCCGGCCGUCAACCUGAGCCAGAUCAAGGACACGGCGUGCAAGUCCCUGCUGGGCCUGUCGGAAGAAAAGAGGCACGUGGACGCCUCGGCCGUGGAGCAGCCGCCCCGAGCGCCCAGCGACGCCCGGGCAGGCGGCGGGAAGCCCAGGCCUGCCCCCGAGGCCCCCAGCAGCGUGGCCGCGCUGGCCGAGUGGGCUUCCAUUCGGUCCCGGAUCCUGAAAAAUACAGAGGGUGACCCGCGCAGCGACAGAGACCAGGCGAGGCCCGGGGACGAGCCCGCCGCCAGGGGCCGCUGCGAUUCCUGGGGGAACCCACGCAAGACGCCGCCCCCGAACGCCAAGUUCUCCAUUAUGCCUGCCUGGCAGAAGUUCUCCGACGACGCCUCGGAGACCUCCAGACAGAGCACGGAAGCUGAGAGCCUGAGGAACAGACCCUCGGUGGGACCCGGGGAGGAGGCUGCGCCCCCGCCCGCGCCCGCCGGCGCCCCGGGCCCGCGGAGGAGCCCCGAGAAGCCGGAGGUGCUGCGGAACCCAGCGGACACCACCGACGGCUGCAAAUUUGCCAAAGACCUUCCGUCCUUCCUCGUCCCGAGCCUUGCUUACCCUGCCCAGAAAGCAGUGGCCCACGCAGAGCCCACGAGCAUGUCGGACAGCGACACCACCCAGGGGACAGCAAAGCCAGAGCCCGCGAUGCCAGGUGGGGAGGAAAAGGCCUCACCUUUUGGAAUAAAAUUGAGAAGGACCAACUACUCCCUGCGCUUCCACUGCGACCAGCAGGCGGAACAGAAGAAGAAGAAGAGGCCCAGCGGCGCGGGAGGCGGUGGGGAGGGGGGCCCCGCGGCCCCGGGGAGCGCCCCAGGGGACACGGAGACAGACGGGGUGGCUCUCCAGCGGGGUCCCCCCCUUCCGCAGGCCGCGUCCACGCGGAGGGACUCUGCGGAGAGCGCCUCUCCCCCUGUGGCCCAGCCUAGGGCCGCGGCCCCCGAGCCCGACAAGGCGGCGAGCAGAGCGCAGUUGGCACAGAAGCCGGCGCUGGCACCCAAGCCCGCCGGUCAGACCCCACCGCCGUCCCCACUCUCCAAACUGAGCAGGCCCUACCUGGUGGAACUGCUGGCUCGCCGCGGGGGGAAGCCCGCCCCGGAGCCCAGCGAGCCACCCAAGGACGGCCCCCAGAGCAGUGACCCCCGGCCACCUUCGCCCCUUCCUGCCGAGGAAAGGAAGGGUCAGAAGAGGGACGAGGAGGAACAAGUGGCGGAGAGGAAACCUGGGUUCCCACCUCUGCCUGCUCCCGAGCAAGAGAAGCCAUCCGGAACACCAGACGCUACGAGGAAAGAGAAGCCCAUACUUCAGAGCAGGCACUCUGUAGAUGGCUCCAAGCUUCCAGAGAAAGCAGAAACGGCACAGCCACUGUGGAUCACGUUAGCACUGCAGAAGCAAAAGGGAUUCCGGGAGCAGCAGGCCACGAGGGAGGAGAGGAAGCAGGCCCGAGAGGCCAAGCAGGCCGAGAAGCUUUCCAAGGAAAACGUUGCUGUCAGCCCGCAGCCUGGGAGCGGCUGUGUCACCAGAGCAGGCUCCCUGCACAAGCCCACCGCUCAGCCAGAGGAAAAGAGGCCCGAGACUGCAGUGUCAAGGCUUGAGCGCAGAGAACAGCUGAAAAAGGCCAACACUCUUCCCACGUCUGUGACAGUGGAGAUCUCCGAUUCAGCUCCCCCGUCGCCGCUGGUGAAGGAAGUCACCAAGAGGUUCUCCACCCCAGAUGCUGCCCCUGUGUCAACAGAACCAGCCUGGCUGGCUUUGGCCAAAAGGAAAGCAAAAGCCUGGAGCGACUGCCCACAGAUUAUUAAGUAAAGAGCAACUUUUACCCAUGCCUGACGCCAGCUACUGGCUCCUCUUCUCUUGCCCUUUUUAUUUAUUUAUUUUUUAUAUGAGGUCCAGAAACCAAGCUAGGGAAAAGAAGCAUGUUUUAUAGGCUCUACAAUAAUGUUCAGAAACGGAACUGGUGGUGUUCAUUGUAAAGAGUGUUUGCACAACCUUCGGUGCUGGUGCCUUGAGCUCCUCCUAGUUCUUAAGAGAAAAUUCCAUCCAAGGGACCCCACGAAGCAAAAUCUGGAAACUAAGAUCUCUUCAUGAACCUGCCACGCCCAUUUCCUGGCCCUCCCGUACACUCACAUGCUGUUCAGAACAGACUUUUGCCAAUCUUUGUAAUGGUUUUUUGAUUCUCUGAUGUCUUUUGUUCAAAAUAUUUACCCCACCGUAUGUCUGGGGAUGUUUAUCCUUUCUGCAAUAAUGGUGAAAGGAUCAUGUGUAGAUAAAAACAAGAGCACCCAUUCCCCUUCUCCUCAAUGCAGUAAAUACUUGGCUCCCAAUUCUGUGCUCAUGUCUGUUUUCAUGAAUUUUCCCCACCCCGAAGACAUAUCCAUUCACACUGUACCAUGCACGCUGUGGGUCCAGUGUGAGGCCCCAUUAUACAAAUACCCUCCUUAAGGACAUGUGAGAUAUUUGGCCUGGUUGAUUCCUGGGGAACAUUUGUAUUAUAUUUAAUAUGGCAAAUAAAGGAAAUUCUUUAUCAGAGCUACAAGUUCUCUGCCUGUCUCUGAAAAUCCCCAUCUAGUGCAGUGAUUCUUCAGGCCUACUGAAUCAGGAUGGGGCAGAAAUGUGUAAUAUAUUCUGGCAAAAAUUCUUCAGAUGAACCUGAUAUAUCCCAAAGGUUAAGAACCUUGGAAAACAAUGAUUCUGGUGUCAUUUAAUUUUUCAGACUCUGAAAGGAAGGCUCACUCACCCAAAAACCAAGCAAAACAGGAAAAGUAAUACACCAACCCCCUAAAUCGCCCAUGUAUUACAAGAAACGACAGGCUAUUGACAUUACAUGUUCUGAAAAUUUCUUUUGGUCUUUAGAGAAAAUUAACAGGAAGCAAAGAUUUGGAAUCUCUGUCCUAAGGACUUCCUGCAGAAAGCUUUUUAUUAUAAUUGGAAGUCGAAUGUUCAGCACUAAUUUGUAAUUUAGUGCAUUCACCUUGCUACCUUUAAAAAAAAAAAAUCUUGGUCUUAGUGGCCUUGUGAUUAUCAGACACAUGUUCAUACAAAGAAGGGACCUGACGGUUGAAAAGCCACAUAUAUUCACUUUUAUUUAAAUGUGCUUUACAUGAAACACAGACAUACCAGAAAACCCACAUUCAUUGCUUGUACUAACUUUAUAUUUCAUAGUAUUGGUAUAUUCCCCUUUUCUUAGCUUCUCACUCCAAAGUAUAGGUACAAAUUAUUUGCCUGGUGCAGAGAAUUACAUCCAUUUUCCUCUCCUACAAAAACGUUCCGUUUGUACCUAUCAUUACUUUUAUGCUCACUAUAUGCAAUCUGCUGUUAUUCUAUCAUAUACCUUAAAGAAUGACAGCAAAGUUAUUUACCAUAUAAAACCAUUUUCUUCUACAAUGCUCAGCCUCACUGUAGCAGCUGGCAUGUGCGGUCAAGUUGGAUAAUUGUACUUUGCAAGUUGGAUUUAAUAUUAUACAUACUGGACCUUCAGACUGUUAGCAAUUAAUGUCACUUUUUUAUUGCUUUUAGUAAGCAAUAUUCCACUGCACGUUUUGCAUACUGAUGUUCAUUUCUAAAUCCAAUAUGUAGGCAUUUGCUGUUUCCAAUGAUUUCCUCACUAAUGUAACACUUUUUAAUGGGAAUCUUUCCACCUAAAGCCCUGGAAUUACAGUGCUACAGGAAUUCUUCUGAACUGACUUUUUUUUUCAUCCCGACAGCUCUGGACAGUAUCACAGUCAUGACAGGGAACAGGUGAAGAAAUAAGCUCAUUAACAGAGAACGGUAGAUGAGUCACCUCUACUGGCUCAGAUACCCCUGAGCCCAUGCAAGGUGGGAGAGAUAACCUCAGUUCUGUAUUUCCCAUCAAAGUCUUUAAAAGAAGAGUACAUUGAAGAAAAGGCAGUCACGGUACUUACAUGAGUAACUUAACAUUUCAUUUAAAAAAUCACCUCAAAUUUGCACUAAAUACUGGUGAAGUGUUAUUUUGCUUUUGUUGUGUUGCAGUCUUCCGAGCAACAAACUAUGGGGAAAUUCUGUUAAAACAUGAAAAGUUUAAGACUUAAAAAAAAAAUGAUUCCCAUGUUAAAUACUCAAGUUUUUUUUUUUUUCUUUUUUAAUUUAAACAUACAUUUCUCCUGGCCAGGUUAUAGAUGAUUAACCUCUAUUCAUAGACUAUAUAUAAAACUUAGAGGGUUUUGUUUACUUUUUUAAUUUUUCAAGUGCAAUUGUUUCUUACACGAACAUUAAUUACUAUUAAUCAUUUUGGCCAGUUGUCUGCAAAUGUUUAGUGUGUAUUGUCUCUUCCUGUGAUGUUUAGUUUGCUUAUUUUAUAGCAGAAACAUUAGUUAACUGUCCUGCAAUAUUUUUACCAACAAUAAAAUUAAGUAGACUUAAUGAAAAUAUGUUAUUGUGAUUUUAAUAUUAUUUUGAGGUCUUAGUUGUAUAAAGUUUUAAUGUAAAAUGUCCAUUAUUGAAGGGAAAAGGUCUUUCAAUAAAAAAUACCCACAAGA